GGCAAAACUCUGUAAAAAAAAAAAAAAAAGCAUGGAAGAAAUGGCAAAACUUUGUAAGCUCCUAUAGCAUAAACUGGGCAUUGAUUUUCAGCACCAUUUUCUGAAAUCUGUCCAGGUUGGAAUGGAGGAAUAGCGUAAAAUCUCCCAUCCAUUGUUGAAUGGUGCAGGAGAAUAAACAAGGUGUUGCCCCAAAAACAAGUUCAGUAAUCAAUAACCCAAAAACAAGGGGAGGAAUUUGAAAAGAAUUUUGUAUUUAAAACUCAGAUCAAAGAAGCCAACUUUUUCUUUCAUUUCUCAUUUUGAGUGUAUACGCACAAUAGCAUUGUCAGCUCCUGUGCAAAAUCUGUUUUAACCACAUGAUUGAGCAUGUGGUUUGGCUAAUUUUUAUUGCCCAACAUGCAUUCUUUCUCAAUAAGCACAAAAAACCUCUCAUAUUUAGUAAGCAGAAUUUAAAAUAUAAUCCACAUCAAUUUUAUGUGCAGUAUAAAUAUAUCAAAGGUUUUCUAAAAUAGUGACAAAUAUUUGAACUGAACCAAAUGACACCUUUUUGCUCCACAGUGCUUCAUCUAGGUGGCUAUUUGAAAAAUAGCCAGAAGGUGUAGAUGAAAAUUAGCCAGAAGGUGUAGGGCAGCAGAGAUUGUCACCACCAUGCCUUGUGUCCUGUGUAUUCAGAAACUUGCAUGCUCCGAGGGUGGAAUCUAUUGGAUCACACUCUUAAUAGCUUAAAAAUUGAUAAAAUAAACAGGCUGCCGUUGUUUGAUUGCUGAAAAAGCCUUUGACAAAAUUCGGUGGCAAUUCAUUUUGCCACACUGAGUAAUUCUGGCUUUCCUGAUGAAUUUGUAUAACUGGUUGCAAUUUUACAUUCAACCUCCAGAUCUAGAAUUAUGACUAAAUGUCUUUGAGUUUUUAACUUGAGAGAGGUACCAAGCAGGAUGUACAUUUUCUCCACUGAAUUUGACUUAUCUUUGGAUCUCCUGAUAGGUGCCAUUAAACAGAAUAGCAGUAUUUGUGGCUUUAGGCAUGACCAUCUAGAAUUUCAAAUUAUAUUUUAUGUGGAUGAUCUCUUACUGAUUAUUUUGCACUUCCAGGUGUCUAUUCCAGCUCAGAUGCACUAGAUUAAUCCUUUUGGUGAAUUGUUAGGCUAUUCAGGUAACUGGUCAAAUCUGAAUUGAAUCUGAUUGGGGACAAUAUAUCACAUAGCAUAUUAGCUAUGGCUUUUUUCUUCUGCCUUUGAACAUCUCUGAGUCGACACAGUUCAGUGAAAAUUGCGAUUUAUACAAGUAACUGAUUCAGAUUGCCCUUUGUACAACGGUAGUUCAGCUAGUCAAGCAUUUUGUUACACUGUGGCAAACCAACUGCCCAUAGGAUUGCACAAGCAUAAAUGCAUCCUCCCAAGGGCCAAUACCAACAGAAAUUCUGGCAGGGAAGUUCCUGCCCAAGUUCUAUAACAACUGGUGUACUUAGGAUAUUGCCUCUGUUUCUGGAGGUAGUAUAUAGCUAUCAAGAUUAGUAACCAUAGAUAGCCUUCACCUGAAUAGAUUUGUCUAGCCCCCUUUUAAAGUCAUCCAGAUUGGAGGCCAUCACUACAUCUUGUGGCAGUUAAUUCCAUAGUUUAACUGUAUGUGAAGAAAUAGUUUCUUUUAUCUGUCCUGAAUCUUCCAAUCAGCUUCAUGGGAUGACCUGGGUUCUAGCAUUAUGAGAGUGAGAGAAAAUGUUUUCAUGGUCAAACUUCUUUACAGCUUGCAUAAUUCAUUAUACUUCUGUCAUGUCUCUUCUUCUUCAGCUUUUUUCUAAGCUGAACAAUCCCAGUUGCUGUAACCAUUCCUCAUAAGAGAGUUGUGCCAGCCCCCUGAUCAUUUUAGUUGCCCUUCUCUAUACUUUCCAACAGUGUCCUUUUAAAGUGAAUUGUACGCAACAUUCUAAGUGAUUGCACCAUAGAUUUGAAUAAGGGUGGUAUGAUAUUGGCAAGUUUAUUUUCAGUUCUUUUCCUAAUUAUGCCUAACACAGAGUUGAUCUUUUUCACAGCCAUGCACAGGGUCCACAUUUUCUUAUAGCUGUUUUAAUAUAGUUCCAUACAGGACAACUGCAAGAGUGGAAGAACCAAAACAGAUAUUUUCCCUGAACUCAGUGAUUAAUUUGGUCUGGGAAAAAUUAAUCUCCUUGAGCUGUGUGGCAGUUUAUGAUAGAAUGGAACAACUCAAGCUGAAUAAUAGGCUUAAUAGAAAAUCAUGUGUGUAUGUUUCAACAUUAGUCAUUGUUUCUGAUCUUAACUAGUGUUCUUUCAUUGGAUUGGAAGAACCAUGAGCUAGAUUAGUAGGAUUAGUUGUGAUUUCUUGUAAGAAAGUUUUACAAUCAAUUCUUUUGCAUUGCUUAAAUUUCAUCUUACUACAGGAAGCCCCAAAAUGGGUAGAAACUUUCACUUCUGGAUUAGAACAGGUUGUGAGAGCUCCCCUAUGCAAAUCUACUGACCUGCCCCUUCCUAGAUGGAACACUCCCCUUGUUUUGACUUUCCACUGGUAGUAUUAAAUCUCCGUUCCAUAAGUGAUGGAUAGUGUGGAGAGGAAACUAGCACAUGAAGCUCUGCAACUCUCUCACUUUUUUUAUCUGAAUCCUCCAAAUGGGUUCAUGGAUGCCCCAUAUUUUGGAAUAUCUCAGAGCAAUAUAGCAUUUUCUCAUUGUCAUUUCUUGAAGUGAGAAUGCUGUCACACCAUAUUAUUACAAGAGUUGUCUAAAUCUGCAGUAUGUCUCAUGCUUGAGAAAUGAAAAUAACCUAAGUCUUUGUUGGGCAUAUCUGCACUUCCUUCCUGGAAGGUUUUGUCCAUUAGAGGAUUCAUUUUUGGAAUGCUUAAACCAGAGAAGUUUCAGAAAACCUGCAGUGGUUUUCAUACUUACAACAUUUUAAUUACAGUAAUAAAAUGAAUAUAUUUGAAAAUUCCCGUGGAUUAGAAUAAUUUUCAAAUGAUUUCUAAUAGAUUAAAGCCUAGGCAAUAUUUAUCUACUUGGAUAAGAAAAACAAAUCCCUUAAAUUGAUUUUUAUACUGCAACCUUCAGAGCUUACAGUAAUCUUAAUGUUAAUGAAGAACAUAAGAAAAGCCAUACAGGACCAGAUGAAAGAUCCAUCUAGUUCAGGGGUCCUCAAACUUUUUGAAUAGGGGGCCGAUUGAAAGGUGCCAGAGAUGGGUGUGGGCCGCCAAGGCGGUGCAGAUGGGGGGCACGUCCGCAGGCAGAAAGUCAGGGGCAUGCGUGUGCAGAGAUUAUUUUCUCCCAAUGAGUCCAAAAUGAUCUUCCGAGCAAGCUGGCAUGCGUGGGGAGCUAUGGUGGGCCGGACCCAGCCUGCGGGCCAUAGUUUGAGGACCCAUGAUCUAGUUUAACAUUUUCUUCACACACUGGCCAAACAGCUGGCCACAGGAAACUACAAACAGGACAUGAAUAUCUGAACACCCUCUAACCAGAUUUGAAUUAUAGUAUCAGUCAAUGACUCUCAGCCAAACCACCCCAUGGGGCUGUUGUGAGGGUAAAAUGGAGAGAAGAGCUGUGUAAGCGAGUUUAAGUUCCUUGCAGGAGAAAAGGUAGGAUACAAAUAAAUAUACUCCUUUGUAGAAUAUGCCCUUUGAAACUUAAAAUGUUUUUGUUUAAGUGAAAAUAUGGGCAAAAUGUAUACUGCAUCAAUUCACAGGGUCCCCUUUUAUUUAUCUCAGUACUUCACUGUAUCAUGGUAAUUGCUGCUGUUAAACUCAGUAUUUAGAAAAUAGUAGCUUCUAAGCAGUGCAGCUACUCUUGCAAUCACUAGCUUUUUUUACAGCUUUGAAGACUAUGAGCAUAACAAAUGAGUUUUGUGUUUUGACUUGAAAAUUCAUACUCUGAUCAACAUUGCAAAGAACAUAUGCCUCUUCUUCAAGAACUUUCAAAAUUACUUGUGAGAAUUUAUCUUGCCAUUAACUUGAACAGUGUGAAGGGGGCAUGCUCUGAAUUUAGCUGGGCCUUGAGCAAUGUGACUUGCAGCUGCAGUCAUCCUGUUGGAGAGAGAUUGAUUAGUCAUCUGGUCAGAUGACUAUUCCACACCUAUGUCUGCAUGUGUGAGUGUGAGAGAUGCAGCGACAGACAGAUCAACCAAUAUUUCUUUAUGCUUAUAUAUGUUUGUGAGUUUAACAUACAUAAGGCAAUCAUUUGUUACGUCUGAUUAAGAGCUUGGUUUGGAUUCCUUCUUGUGACUGGUGGAUUUGUUUGUCCCCACAAGCAAGUUGAGUAAUUAAGAUGGAUUUUAGCAAACUUCCCAAAAUUCGUGAUGAAGACAGAGAAGACUUGUUUGGGUAUGUCUUUGGAGUCUCAGGACCUGUUGUCACUGCCUGUAAUAUGGCAGGUGCAGCGAUGUAUGAACUCGUACGAGUUGGCCACAGUGAACUUGUGGGAGAGAUUAUCCGACUGGAGGGUGAAAUGGCAACUAUCCAAGUAUAUGAGGAAACCUCUGGUGUUUCUGUAGGAGACCCUGUGCUUCGUACUGGCAAACCACUCUCCGUGGAGCUUGGCCCCGGCAUCAUGGGUUCCAUCUUUGAUGGUAUCCAGAGGCCUCUGACAAACAUCAGUUUUCAAACCCAAAGCAUUUACAUCCCCAGAGGAAUAAAUGUGACAGCAUUAAGCAGAGAUAUCAAAUGGGAGUUUUCCCCUGUCAAAAACCUACGGAUUGGCAGCCAUAUCACUGGUGGAGAUAUCUAUGGCCUAGUGAAUGAGAAUACCCUUAUCAAACACAAAAUCAUGUUGCCCCCACGAAACAGGGGUACAGUCACAUACAUUGCUCCAGCUGGAAAUUAUGAUGCAUCUGAUGUUGUAUUAGAGCUUGAAUUUGAGGGAGCGAAAGAGAAAUUUACUAUGGUCCAGGUGUGGCCAGUACGGCAAGUCCGCCCUGUCACAGAAAAAUUACCUGCCAAUCAUCCUCUUUUAACUGGCCAGAGAGUCCUUGAUGCACUCUUUCCGUGUGUUCAAGGAGGUACAACAGCUAUCCCUGGGGCUUUUGGUUGUGGAAAGACUGUGAUUUCUCAGUCUCUGUCAAAAUAUUCCAACAGUGAUGUUAUCAUCUAUGUAGGCUGUGGGGAACGAGGAAAUGAAAUGUCUGAAGUGCUCAGAGACUUCCCAGAGCUCACAAUGGAAGUUGAUGGCAAGAUAGAAAGCAUUAUGAAGAGAACUGCUCUUGUAGCAAACACUUCCAACAUGCCUGUUGCUGCCAGAGAAGCUUCUAUCUACACUGGGAUUACUUUGUCUGAGUAUUUCCGUGACAUGGGCUAUCAUGUCAGUAUGAUGGCUGACUCCACAUCCCGAUGGGCAGAGGCCCUUCGAGAAAUUUCAGGACGCCUUGCUGAGAUGCCUGCUGACAGCGGUUAUCCAGCCUAUCUUGGUGCUCGUCUGGCCUCUUUCUAUGAACGGGCUGGCAGAGUGAAGUGUUUAGGUAACCCAGAAAGGGAAGGAAGUGUCAGCAUUGUUGGAGCUGUAUCUCCUCCUGGUGGUGACUUCUCUGACCCAGUUACUUCUGCUACUCUGGGCAUUGUUCAGGUAUUCUGGGGCUUGGAUAAGAAGCUUGCUCAACGUAAACACUUCCCAUCUGUGAAUUGGCUGAUCAGCUAUAGCAAGUACACACGUGCUUUGGAUGAGUAUUAUGACAAGCAUUUCCCAGAGUUUGUUCCCUUGAGAACUAAAGCUAAGGAGAUUCUACAGGAAGAGGAAGAUCUUGCAGAGAUUGUACAGCUAGUGGGGAAGGCUUCCUUGGCAGAAACAGACAAAAUCACACUGGAAGUUGCCAAACUCAUUAAGGAUGAUUUCCUGCAACAGAAUGGCUAUACCCCCUAUGACAGGUUUUGCCCGUUUUAUAAGACAGUUGGUAUACUGACAAACAUGAUUGCAUUCUAUGAUAUGGCACGUCGAGCAGUUGAGACCACCGCACAAAGUGACAAUAAAAUUACUUGGUCCAUUAUCAGAGAAAACAUGAGUGAGAUUCUCUAUCGACUCACCUCAAUGAAAUUCAAGGACCCGGUGAAAGAUGGAGAAGCAAAGAUCAAAGCAGACUAUGCCCAGCUGUUUGAAGACAUGCAGAAUGCAUUCCGCAGCUUGGAAGACUAGAGGAUGAUUCUUCCUGGAGCACCACUGGCGUGUGUUUCUCAUUUUACAUUUCUUGCUUUUCCAAUGAUAAAAGAUAAAAUGUACAAUUUCCUGAACAUUACUUUUAUCUUUUAAAACAUUCCUAUUUAGUUUGUUAGCACUGUGUGUGUGUAAAUCUGAGCUUAAGUGUGUAGAGCAGGUUUUGUGAAGGUUCCUGUAAGGCUUGGAGUCUCCUCCAUCAGAUUUGACCUUCUCUGUCUAGAAGAAAUCGAAGUGGUGGGACUAUGGAUUCUGGAGGAAAAACACAUGCUGUUGUGUACUGAUGGCAUAAGGGCAGUUGAACACGUUUUCCUGGUUCAGGGCCAUGUAUUUGAGUAGUUCUAAUGCUUCAGGGAUUUAUUUAUUGUACUUUAAUGCUGCUAUUGCCAGCAUGAAAAACCAAAACUGUAAUUAAAUUACUUUGCUAUGCUACUCCUUCAAUACUUUCUUCCCCAUUUCAUCAAAAGAACUGAAGAUCUGUAGGGUUGGAAUUAUUGGACAAAGAGGUUGCUGUUGGGCAUUCCUUUGCAUAUAUCUAUUCUUAGUGUAGGAAUUACACCUUUGUUUAGAUAUCAAAAGCCAUGAAUUUCUACUGCUGGCUAUAGGAAUAACUCUGCCCCCUCCUCUUCAAGGUGUAAAUUCAGAAACAUCUGUCCAUGUAGUUUGAUGAUUUGUCUUUAUGCAUUGCGUUGACAAACUGUGGACCAAGUAUACAGUCACCUCUCCUACUUCCUAUAAACUUUUUGUUCUUUGGUUGUUAUACCAUAAUAAAAAUUAAAAUCCUAUGAAACAGCCCAGUAACAUUUCUUGUUUAUAGAGAAGAGAGUAUCGAUAUCCAAAGCUUUCCUUUUAACAGAGCUGAAAGGAAUGCCCUCUUAAUGUUGCCUCGGACUUGCAGGAGAUCUUUCUGAAUCAACUUCCAAUGGGUGGAGACAUUUCCUUAUAUCAGAUAAAUCAGUUGCUGUUCCUGAAUAAUUGGAAUUUCAAUAGUGAGGACAAUAAUAGUUUUUACUAAUGAACACCAUUGCACAACUGGUGCAAAACAAGACACCCAAGCAAAAAACCCCACUCAGAGCAAUUAUAAUUAAAGAAUUUAUUUAUAUAUUCUGUUAUAUAAAUAAAAUUAUAGAGUUAUAAUUCUGUUAUAUCGUUGGACUGCAAAUUUCACUAGUGUGCACAACAGAAAUCCUGGCAACAAGACUGCAGAAUGAUGGUACUUGCUGUUGCCACCCUUGUUCUUUAUAAUGAACUGUAACCAAGUGUAAAGGCUCCAAAUUCUUCCAGCUGAGUAUGUUUGCAGUGGGGUUGUUUUAGCCACAGGGUCAUUAACACUGCUGUUUCCAGUGUAAUUCUAGAUCAGUGUAGAUCUGAAACCCAGCUGCAAGAUACUGUUUUUUCUUCGCCCAGGUUUCAACUGACUUCAAAUAAUGCAAGUAAAAAAAUAGAAAUGCACCUUAAAUUCUCAUCAGUUUUGUAGAGUGUUUUGUUUUCAUUGUGCUGUGUUCAUGAACAGUAGUGUAUGAAUGAUUAGUGUAAACCACUCAUUUGCUGAAAUCCCUAAUAACUGUAUUAUGUUAUAGUAUUUCUUGUCUAGCUAACAUACCUAACUACUUUAAAGAGAAAGCUGUACAAUUUUCAAAAGAAAUAUAAUAACAUGCCUAUUUAUUGUGCUAUUCCUACCCAACACAAGCCAGUUCAGUUUCUUACAUAUGUGUGUAUAUAUAUUGGUUUCCUUGGUUUUUUGUGUGUUUCAGUGUUAGAAAAACUGAUGUUUACUGUGCUACUGCAAACUUUUCAGUUCAUCAAAAAGUUGAAGGAAUGAGACGGCAGGGAAGUGGGAGAAUUUUGUAUAAUGCAUUAAAGCUGUUGCUGAAAGUUGUCUACAGUUGUUCAUGUGACUGAGAAUAAAAAGUGUAUUUAGAAUAUGA